AUGAUGGUAUAUGCCCAGAUCCUCUCUUUCAAUAACUUACAAUAUGAUGAUGUUGAUCAUAAUAUUGCUGGGGUGAUGAUGAUGCCUGAUGUUGAUAGUGAUGACAUUGAUAAUAUUAUGAGUUUUUCGACACAGGAAACUUUAUGUCCAGAUCAUCCUGAAUGUGCUACGUGCUGGGAAGAAUGUGGUAAACCCCCACCAUCAAAAUUAGCAAAAACAAUUCAAGAAACAUGGUCAUUACGUACAGUUUCAAUGUUACAACAAGAUUCAUUAGUUUUAGUUGAUGUUGCAUGGGAUCCACAAUUGAAUACACCAAAUCAAUGUUUGGUUACAUGGGAAGUAUCUGGUGGUGGACUAAUGGGAAAUUUACUAACUGAAACUUAUAGUGUACAAUUAUCAUUAUGGCCAGAUACAAAAUAUCGUGUACAAGUUACCUGCAAAAAUAAGAAUACUGGUUCAAUGAGUCGUUCACUUCCAUUAAAUAUUGAUACAUCAGAAGCAAUAACAACUCAUCUUCCUAUACGUACAACUCGUAAACCAAUUAUACAAUCGACAUCAAAACAACAAUCACAAACAUCAAAUAUAUUAAUAACAACAACUCAAUCAUCAUUAAUGGCUAAUUUACCAUUUGCAACAUCAUCAUCAUCAGCAUCAGCACCAAUAUCAGCACCAAUACCAACAUUUAUGGAUCAUCCAUUAUCAUCAUUUGAAGAUAAUGAUGAAGAUAAUAUUGAAAAUAUUGAUGAUCAACAUUUGAAUGAAAUAUCAUCUAAUAAAAAUCGACAACAACAGCAACAGCAUCAACAGAUACAAGAUGAGCAACAUGAACAAAAACAACAACCAAUACAAUAUAUUAAUCAUAAACAUACAAAUUAUAUAUUUGAUUGGCAUCAUGGUAAAGCAAUUGAUAUUACUGAUGAUAAUACACAAUCUGAUGUACAAAUUGAUAAAUUAAUACCAUUAAAUCAAUCUGAUUUAAAUAUAAUAACAAUAGCAACAUUAUCUGAUAUACAAAAACCAUUAUUAUUUGGUGUUGUUGCUGGCAUAUUAUUGCUAACAUUCGUCCUAGCUAUGUAUAUUUGUGCAUUACGCAGUCAACGUGUUCCUAGUGACAAAACAGCUCUAAUUGAAGAUGAUGGCUGUAAUAGUUCUUUAGAUAAUCAUAAUACAAAUAUAUGUAAUAGUAGUUGUAUUGAAAAUGGUUUUAGUGGUUGUAAUGGUAAUGGUAUUUGUAAUGGUGAUUCAGUUAUAGGUGGUGGAAUUGGUGGUGGCGGUGUCGGUGGUGUUGGCGGUGGUAUUAUAAAUCCAACAGCAACAUCAAAUAUUAAUAUACCGCCAUAUAAUGCUGCUACAAAUCAUUUUGGUAGUGGUCCUAGUAAUAUUUUAAAUCCAAAUUUUUAUUCUAGAAAUGUUCAUGUAUUGACUGUGUAAAAAAGUUUUUUUUUUUUUUUUAAUUUUUUUUAUAUAAUACGAGUAAUCAUAAAAAUAAUUUAUUAUUAUUAAAAUUUUCUCUUUGUAAUAAUUUAAUAUUAACUUUUUUUUUUUGCCGAAAAAUUAAAAUUCAAUCAUAUUUUAAUUGUAAAUGUAAUUAAAUAAAUGUCAAAUUCUGUUGAUUUAUUAAAUUAAAAUUUUUGGGACAGUGUACCAACAAUCUGUCUGAUUAAAUUCAUAUAAGAGAGUUGUUGUUAUAAGAGAGUUGUUCUUAUAUGAGAUUAUGCUCUUGACGAUUUAUUGAAAUUUUGAGAAUAUUUUUUGUAACAACGAUGCAACACAGUUCAUUAUUAAUUUCAUAUCGAACCUUCUAUCUUAUACCUUUAAUUCGUGUUCUAAUGUAGUGACUUACAUAAUAAGUACGUUAAAUAUUAUUUGCGUUUGUGUUAUUCAUUUUCUAAAUUAAUUAUAACAAAUGAGUAUCUGUAGCAUUGCCAUCACAGCAUAUUUUCAAUUUUUUAACUUUGACGGUGUUAAAAAAAAUAGUAUACAACAGCAACAUUUUCAUUUAUGAAUUUGACAAUGUCAUCAAAUUCAGCAAAAGUAAACACUCUCUAUAAAAUCACAGAAUUUGCUCAAAAAUUUUUUUACAUAAAGAAAAUUUUAUUGAUAUUUUAAUUUUAAUUAUUUUUUUAUUUAAACAAAAAUUUUUUUUUCUUGUAUUUACAAACCAUAAUAUGAGCGAGAAUUCGAAUGAGUUUUUUUUGUUAAAAUGAUAAUUGUACAUGUAUUUUGUAAGUAUGUAUUGUAAAAUAUCAAAACAAAAAAAAAAAAUACAAAAAAAAAUUUAUUACAAUUAAUUUUCCUAAAAUUGAAAAAAACGAAAAAUUGAAAAAAAAAAAAAACAAUUACAAAAUGUAAAACAAAACUUCUUCAUAACAAUAAAACAAAUGGUAAAAAAUUAAAUUUAAAAAAAAAAAACAUUGAGUGAUAAAAUUGUAUUAUGAGUGAGAUAUUUUGGGUGCAUGUGUACUUUUGAAUGAGUGAAUAUUUUUGAUUAAAAUAAAACAAAAAAAAAAUUAAUAAUAAAAAAAAUUACAAUUUUUUAUUUUGUACGAAUGAAAAUUAAGAAAUUUUUUAAUUUGUAAUUUAAGUUAGUUUCAAUAUUAAUCAUGAGUAUAUUUUUAUUAUACAAACAAACAAAAAACACAAAAACAAUAAAAAAAAAAUUUAAAUGUUAUACUUUAUACCUUAUUAUUUUUGUUUUUAUUUAAAAUUAUAAUUUUGUAUAACAAACAAAUUAAAAAUUUAAAAUUAAUUUUGUGUG